GACAGAAUCCACGCAAAACACACCUGCGCUGGUCAUGGCGCGUAUGAAACGCUUAAUUUUAAUUCUGGCAAUAAGUUGCCAAAUAUGCUACGGAUAUGAAAGAGACAAGACACCGUUUCGUGACACCGACUGUCUAGAUGGCAGUGCCGUGGGAAUCGGUGUGAACAGUGGGUCCAGGAUACCCGACGGUAGUUUGUGGGCCUCGUCAUCGGCCAGCAGUAUUAGGCAGCCCAACAGAGGAAGGCUCAUGGAAACAGCAGGGUCUUGGACAUCUAAAGUACAGAACUCAGCUCAGUACCUCGCAGUAGACCUUGGACGGGAAUAUCUUCUGACACGACUUCAGACCCAGGGACGACAGGGUACUGACGAGUAUGUUACCGAGUUUAUGUUGUCAUUCUCCGUUGACCGUACGACGUGGCGGUUCUACUCCAAUGAGUUCGGGAUCAGAGAGAUGUUCAUGGGUAACAGUAAUGGUGACAUGGUGAAGACCAACACUCUGAAGUACCCCGUUGUGGCUCGCUACGUUCGCUUCCACCCGUCGCGCUGGAACAUGGUCAUCUCGAUGAGAGUGGAAGUACAAGGAUGUCCAUACAAUUCACAGACUGUGAGGUUCGACGGCGGUACAAGUUACAUUAGCUAUGACCUCAGCAAGCAGGUUCCUCCACCAAGCAGUGUCGAGGACAAUAUCAAACUCCGCUUCAAAACAAACAAACAAGAUGGCGUCAUCCUCUUUGCUGAUGGAAACCAAGGCGAUUACAUGUCACUUGAACUAGUUGGAGGAACACUGUUUUUCCACAUAGAUUUAGGCUCCACUUUGAAAGUCGCUGGGGCCACUAAUGAGCUCGGUGGUAAUAUGCUUGAUGAUAGUCAAUGGCAUGACAUCAUUAUACGACGAAAUCGAACAAAUAUCAUGCUGAUUGUGGACAGAAUGGAGACCCGUUUUGAAACAAAUGGAGCGUUCUACAGACUCAAUGUUGACAAAAAGAUCUACAUUGGAGGUGUGCCAAGUUUCGACCAGAAAGGAAUAACAGUGAAGACAAACUUCGCGGGAUGUCUAGAAAAUGUAGUAUUCAACAGUCUGAAGAUUAUUCGCGAUGCCCAGGCUGGACAAACUGGAUACCAGAUGGUGGGCUCUGUACCCGACCCCUGGAACUGCAAGUUCACAGCACCUAUCCCCAUGACCUUCUUUACAUUUGAUUCAUAUGCUGUACUGAAGGGAUUUGAUGCAGGUGGUGCGAUUCGUCUCAAGUUUGAUUUCCGCACACACGACGAAGACGGCAUCAUUCUUUAUCAUGACAUGGAAGAUGGAGGAUCAAUAAAGGUGCAAUUGGAUGAUAUAGGUUAUGUGACUUACCGACUCCAAACCAAGGACAACCAGGUCAUUGAAGACAUGGUCCGCAACACUGCCCUUGACGCCAAAUCUGAAGGUUUCGCUGACGGCCUGUGGCACACAUUCUCUCUGCAUGCCAACGAACAGAUGUUGAAUAUUACUGUCGACAGAAAUGCUAAAGUCUCUCGACGAAGUCUCACUAUAUCCGCUGGUUCUACCUACUAUCUUGGAGGUUACACUCUGGGGAUCAGCUUCCGUGGAUGCAUGAGAUCGGUUGAGAUUGAUGUAACACCAGUCAAUUUGAACAGCAUUUCCGCAUCAGACUUGAAGGAUGUAGAGGUUGGGACAUGUGGACUUGUGGACAGGUGUACCCCCAACCCUUGUGAACACGACGGCAGAUGUACACAGGAUUGGAACGAUUUCAACUGCGACUGCCAGGAGUCGGGCUACACAGGCGAGGUGUGCCACAUCUCAUCCUACUAUCUCUCCUGUGAGAUGUUCAAGAUGUACACGAAGAAUGAUGGACUGCAACCUGCUAUAAUUGACCCUGAUGGAUCAGGGCCCCUCAAACCAUUUAAGGUCCAGUGCAAUGGCAAAAAUGAGGUCGGUAAACCGGUGGAGACCUGGGUCGGCCAUGACAGUGAAGACUAUAUCCGUGUGGAUGGUUACCAGGCUCCUAACUAUUACGAGAGGAAAGUUGGCUACAGUGCUGCGUCCAUUGACGAAUUGACAGAGGUCAUUAAGAGGGCGGUCAGCUGCCAUCAGACCAUUGAAUACAAGUGCAACAACUCACGUCUUCUCGCCAAGCCAAAUGAUGCGCCUGAAUUGCACUAUGCUUGGUGGGUGGGACGGACAUUCCAGCCCAUGUACUAUUGGGGAGGGGCUGCCCCAGGAUCAGAUAAAUGUUACUGUGGACUGACCGAGAAGGGCUGUACUGGAGGACUAGCCACCUGUAACUGUGAUUCUGGCCUCUCCACCUCGGACAGCGGUCAGUUAGUCCACAAGGAUUAUCUACCUGUUAUGGAACUCCACUUUGGUGACACAGGAACCACAACUGACAGCAGGCUAGGGUUUCACAAGGUCGGACCACUCAUCUGUCAGGGAGACAAUCUCCUUGACAACGUGGUCACAUUCCGAAAAGCAGAUGCUACCAUCAAGCUGGCUACUUUUGAGGCAGAACCGUCUGGAGAUAUCUGGUUCCAGUUCAAGACGACAGCAAUGGAUGGCGUUAUUAUUCACAACAUCGGAAAUGCAAUGGAUGGCAGCGCCGACUUCAUCCAAGUUCGACUAUUCAACGGUGAUACGAUCGGGUUUAGUUACAACAAUGGUAAUGGUAUUAAGGUGCUGGAGUACAAGUCAACGAACGCUCUCAACAACAACUUUUGGCACACAGUCCAUGUGGAGAGGAACAGGAAGCAGGCAUGGCUUCGCGUCGACAACUUCCCAGAGAAAUAUCUAAACGAAGGUCAAGAUGAGGUCACACGUACUCUCGAUCUCAUGGGAUUUCUGGUUGUUGGUGCCACAGUGGAGGACAAAAAUGGAUUUGUUGGGUGCAUUAGAGGCCUUCGUGUGAACGGAGUGCUGCAGGAUCUCCGAGGCCUCGUGGAGCGUGGUGACUUCUAUUAUGGUGUGUCAGUCAACUGUAACGGAAAGUGCAACAGCAAUCCAUGCAUGAACGGAGGCACAUGUAUAGAGGGGUAUUCUGGCUACACCUGCGACUGUGCGUAUACACCAUGGAGAGGUUGGAUGUGUGGCAGAGAGGUUGGCGUGAACCUUCAGACCAAUUACCAGGUGAAGUACACGUUUGACAAGAGCCAGGGAUUGUCUGCCACCGACUUCAUGAACAUACGUGUGGGUUUCACCACCAAGAAGAAACAGGGCAUUCUCCUUCAGCUUCGAGAUGCUGAGAACACGGAGUAUGUGUCGCUCGAAAUCAACAACAGUGGUGGCAUCAAGUUUGUGGUGGAUGUUGGUUCUGAACGUUGGGAAUUGAACACCCCUAACCACGGAAUAGACUAUACCAAUGGACAGCAACAUGAGGCCAAGAUGAAGAGAGAGGGAUCAGGAGGCAGAAUUGUCCAUUUACAGGUGGACAACUACCCCGAGGCCAUCGACACACUUGGAGCAACUCUCAGUGACAGCAUCCUCAACAACCCCAAAUAUCUGUUUGUGGGAAGUAACGACACCAAAAACAGCGCUAAGGGAUUUGAAGGCUGUAUCUACCGUAUGCAAGUUGACAACAUUUACCCACUCAAGCGUGCAUUCCAGGAUCCUAGACCAUCAUUUGUAGAGCUUAACCCAACAGGGAAGGUACGGGAAGAUAUGUGUGGAUUUGAAGAGGUCACACAGCCUCCAGAUCCCAUUGAGACGCGACCCAUCGCCGGAGGUCCCUACACCAACAUUACCUUCCCAUACAGUGAUGACGAACUUACAGCCACAGAGAGGGGUAUCAUCGGAGGUGUUGUUGCUCUAAUCUUCUUCAUCAUUAUCAUCCUCGCCAUCAUCGGUUUCAUCUACUUCCGUGAGAAGGGCGAUUACAGCACAAAAGAGGCCAAAGGUCAAGAUCUUGCCGAUAAUCCAGACACUGCUGUUGUCUACAACCAGACAGGUGUACCAGAUAUUGCUAAGCGACGAGAGUGGUUUAUAUAGAUAUGCAAAUCAGCAAAAGUGCUUUAUGUCAACAGUUAGGCUCGAUGUACAUUGUUACAUUGUUACAUAUCAGGCAAUAUGUGAUAUAUCACAUAAGACAUGACACAUAUAUCUGCUGGUCUAUUUUCAUAACAAUAUUUGCCAUCAACAUAUCAACAGUUAGGCAAAUUGUUUAUAUACAUAUCAACAGUUAGGCAAACUGUGCAUAUACAUAUCAACAGUUAGGCAAAUUGUUCAUAUACAUAUCAACAGUUAGGCAAAUUGUUCAUAUACAUAUCAACAGUUAGGCAAAUUGUUCAUAUUACAUAUCAACAGUUAGGCAAACUGCAUAUACAUAUCAAAAGCUUGGAUAUAAGUUGCAUUUGUUAAAUACCAGCAGUUUUGAAAGAUAUUUUAUGUCACCAUUUAAGCAAACCGUGUUUUCAAUUGUUUACUAAAAAUGAUGUGUGGUGGCAUGACAUCAUUAAGUUAAAUUUCAUUUGUAGAGGUGAACUACAUAACAUUAUCAAACAAAAUUGUUUGUAUUGCUGGAACGAGGUAAUGUAAAAACCUUCAUUUAUAACUAUGAAAAUAUCUAGUUAAAAAUGUUUGAUCAUUGGAAAUGGCUCAAUAUCUGUCUUGAUAGUCCAAGUAAAUAUAAGAAAUCUCAAAUUGUAUAUUGUGCAUAUUUUUUUAAUCUCAAGGCAUGAUUUUUAUUCCUGAAAUACUGUCAUGCAGUUGUUAAGAUUGAUAUGAAGUUGGGAAUGAGAGAUAAUCUUGAUGAGCUGCCAUAUUAGAAUGUGAUACAUGUAUUUAUCAAAGGUUUUACAUAUCAGGAUCAUAUCAAUAAUUUGUAGCAGAAAGAUUUUUUUUUUUGUAGAUAAUUUGUACAUUGUAAAAUAAUGAUUUGUAUAUUUUGUACAUAGAAAACUUUUUAUAUGAAAACCUACAUUGUAUAAAUCGUCAUCCUUUUCAGUGAUUCGUCUCUCAUCAUAUCAUCCAAGUUCUCAUUAAUUAUGGUGUUGAUCGGCCAUGCUGAUUUUCUUCUGUCCACAUUCCUAUGUAGAUAUCUAACUCUCAGAUGUUUUAUUUUUUAUAAGAUUAACUUAAAGCAAGGAAUUCUAAUACAAAAAUGUUUUUUUUUAACAAAAUUGAUGAAUUUCGCGUUCAUAAAAGUCUACUUUCUAAGUAUGAUUUUCACUUGUUUUAGAAAAGUCUUAUUAAGUUUUUGUCGUGAUUUUUCCAAUUGACAGCCUUGAAAAUCAUUCCAAUUUAUAUACAUCAAACAUUGUUUUUGUUAAUUGUCAUAAAUUUCUGUUGUGUAAGGAUAUGCGGGAGGAGACUGUGUUAUAAGAAAUGGGUUAUGUAUUUUUGAAAGAAUGUUAUGAGUUUGUGAACAGCUCACAAUAUCAACCGUCCGUACAUCCGAAAUAUGAAUAAAUACCAUUAACCGCGAUAAAAUUACCUCCCUUUAUCAAAUCCAACUUUGAAUUGUUUCAAACUGUCUAUAUCAAUAGUAAAUUGGUUGUAAACAUUUAUGCUUGGCAUUCAUGUCAAUAAAAUUUUUCAAACUUCAUAGGAAUAAAACCACUGGACACUUGAGACUUUCUUCGUUUAUACAUAGGUCAUGAUACAGUGAAAAUAUAUUGGAACAGCAGAAAAAUUCAUCACAUGGUAUACAAUUUUUGUUUUCAAACCAAUCAUGAGCUAUAUAGUACCGAUAGGGUACUGGCCCCUCUUCUAUGGCACUACAUUCCACUGACUUCGGAGAAGCUACAAGGUCCUGAACGAAUUUUACCUCCUGUAUUUAAUGUCGGAAUAUAACCACAGAAUUCAUGUAGCGUUAUUCAGGAAAACAGAGCAAUGAGAGAGAGAUAUUGGGCGUGUGUUGUAUGAAUGUAUGUGUGAAAGUGCUUUAGGUGUCUAGAAUAAAUAUUUUUAUACACAAUUUAUAAUUGAUACAAAUGUAUUAAUAGGUUUUAUGCAAUAAAUGAAAUAAAUCGGAUGUACUAAUA